AAAAAAAAAAACUCUCGCAAACCUGGAGCCGAGAACUGACGUUUUGGGGGGCACAAAUAAAAUGGCCAUCGCCAGCAGCGCAAGUGAGGAAAAUCGUUCGCCGCGGGUUGCGCAAAUUUAGCAGAAAAAAUCUCGGAUCUCCGGAUUGUUGGUCCGCGGAGUUCACCGUCGGUUUCGGUGGGUCGUGUUCUGGUAAGGUGGUUCCGGAAUUUGUGGGGUUUGUUGGAGAAGAUUUUUCCUGGUUUGCUGCUUUCCGGAAGAAAUUUGAGUGAGAAUUUUUUCGACGCAAACAAAAAAGCAGUUUUGAAGUUUUUAAUUUUGGCAAAUUCCAGCAAGGAAAAGUGACCUGAAGUUUUGGAAAGGUCAAGAAUCCGGUUUGUGCUGCAGUUGUGAAGCCGGGAAGCGAUUCCGGAAGAGGUGACUCCGGAAUUUUCGGAUCAAAACAGAGCAGGGUGUGAGAGAGCGAAAGCUGUCAAAGUCAAAAGUGGCCCCCACAACCGGGCGGAAAACCGGGAAGAAGCUCCCGAAAAUUUUGGUUGCAAAUUCAGUAAAAAGAGGUCAACCACAAAAGGUUGCGUUUGUUUUGAUCUGGAAGCGGUUCCGGAUUAGACCGGGAAGCGGAAGAGAAAUCAUGUCACCGGCAGCGGCGGUUUAGAGUGUCCUCUGAAAACAGUGGCAACUUUCUCCUCACGAAAAGUGAGAGAAAAAAAGUGGUCCUCCCCAAAAGGGGGAAGGGGAAGAAAUAUUGCGCAAGUGUUUUCCACACUCCAAUCCAACUCCUCACGUCGAUUCUCCUCAUCCUCGAAGAGGAAGACAGUGAAAAACCAGGAAUACCUCACGGAAAUGUCGACCGGGAAAAGUGGCCACAGCAGUAGUAGUUGUAGUAGUGGCACAAGAAUGGCCGGAAGUUGGCGAAAUAAUCGGCAAGGAAAAUGGCAAAUUGGUGGAGCAGGAAUGAUGGUGGCGAUGCUGUUGGCGGCGGCGGUGUUGGUGCUGGCGGAAUUUGGAGAACGGAACGCAGUGAACGCUUCGCGGAUCAUCCGGCACACCAACAACAAACGCAGCAGCAGCCUCAACGACUACCAGGACUCGUCGCUGGCCAAGGAGCAGCACCACCACCAACAGCAGCAGCAGAUUAAUGGGAAAUAUUUAAGCUCCAACGAGAACCAGCUGGGAGUUGGGGGUGGUGGCGGUGGCGGCGGUUCUGGAAGUGACGAUGACAGCCAGGGUGCGGAACCGGGAGCGACACUAUUCGCGUCGGUACCGUCGUCCUCGUCGUCACUGUCAUCGCCGCUGUCGCAUAAUUCGCCGCAAACAUUGACGCUGACGGCGGACAAAAAUAAAACCAAAUUAUUAAAAUGUCACUGCGACAUUUGCAAGGAUCAAAACUACGUGUGCGAAACGGACGGACUCUGCUUCACGUCGCUGUCGCUCGAGCACGGCACCUACAAGUACUCGUACAGAUGUCUCGAACGACGGAUUCUGACUCCGCCGGACAAUCCGAUCUGGUGCCGGGAAAAGUCCCCCGUGGGACGGUACCACACGAUGGGAUGCUGCGACAGCAACUACUGCAACGGGCAGAUUGUCUUCCCGAACGGAACGUCGUCGACGUCGGAACCGUAUUACGCACCUGAGGUGAAGGAGAUGGACCUGGCCCUGCUGAUGGUGUUGGCCGUCGGCGGAGUGAUGGCGUUCGCGCUCUGUGUCAGCCUGAUGUUUGUGAUGCUCCGCCGGAGGAAGCGCAACAGCGGCGCUCGGCAGAUCCUGCCGGAGGAUUCGGUGUGCGGCGCGAGCUACCCGAUUCUGAACGGCCACUCGACGACGCUGCACGACUUUAUCGAGAUGACCACGUCCGGAUCGGGGUCAGCCGGUCUCCCCCUCCUGGUCCAGCGGUCCAUCGCGCGCCAAAUCCAACUCGUCGAGGUCAUCGGCAAGGGUCGCUUCGGCGAGGUGUGGCGGGGCAAGUGGCGCGGCGAAAACGUCGCCGUCAAGAUCUUCUCGAGCCGCGAGGAGUGCUCCUGGUUCCGGGAGGCGGAAAUCUACCAGACCAUAAUGCUGCGCCACGAGAACAUCCUCGGCUUCAUCGCUGCCGAUAACAAAGAUAAUGGCACUUGGACUCAGCUCUGGCUGGUGACGGAUUACCACGAGAAUGGAUCGCUGUUUGAUUUCCUGACGGCGCGCUGCAUCGAUACCAAGACGAUGGUCGAGAUGGCGUACUCGAUCGCGACCGGCCUGGCCCACCUGCACAUGGACAUUGUGGGAACGCGCGGCAAACCGGCCAUCGCCCAUCGGGACCUCAAGUCGAAGAACAUCCUCGUCAAGUCGAACCUCUCGUGCUGUAUCGGUGAUCUUGGGUUGGCAGUGCGUCACAAUGUGGCCACCGAUACGGUGGACAUUCCGUCCACGCACCGGGUCGGAACGAAGCGUUACAUGGCGCCGGAAGUGCUGGACGAGACGAUCAACGUGAACCAGUUUGAUUCGUUCAAGCGAGCGGAUGUGUACGCGUUUGGGUUGGUGUUGUGGGAGAUUGCGCGGCGCUGCAACGUCGGGGGAAUCUACGACGAGUACCAGCUGCCUUUCUACGAUGUGGUGCAGCCCGAUCCGACCAUCGAGGAGAUGAGAAAGGUCGUCUGCACGGACCGGCAGCGGCCGAGCAUACCGAACCGGUGGAUCGCCUCCGACACGCUCCACUCGAUCUCCAAGGUGAUGAAGGAGUGCUGGUACCAGAACCCGGCCGCGCGCCUCACCGCGCUGCGCAUCAAGAAAACGCUGGCGAACAUUCGCUAGAGGCGGCCACCGGCCACCGACCAGUGUGGCACCGGGCCCGGCGACGCUCCGUCGGCUUCGUGGGUGUAAGAUAGGAGGGAGAGUUUGAGUGUGAGUACUAAAAACAAUGCCGAAAAGUUCAAGUUUUGAGGUGGGGAUGAAAGGAAGGAACGGAAGGAUGAUGAACUCUCGAUUUAGGAAUUAAUGCAUAAACACACAUUUUCUAGCUGGUAAGAGUAUUUAACAUUUAAGAUGGAUUGUGAACGCCGCGUGUGUGAUAAAGUCGACGACUUUUGUGGGUAAAAGUGAGUUUGGGGUGAGAUGAGAGAGAAAUAACUAUAGUUGUGUAAGUUUACAGUUUAUUGUGAAUCGUAUGUGUAAGGAUUUUCAUUCUUUUGCUAGAUCAAAAGAAACAAAUUUAGAAACACCUAGUGUUAGUAAGGCUAACAGGCGAAAGGACAAGUGACGUGUAGACUAUUAAGUUUAAAAAUGGAAGAGAAGUAUCUGAUACACCAACUGUCUGUAACCGAACCGUACUAUCAUUUGUUUGUUUUAUUGAACGAUUAAUCAAUGUUUUGGAUGUUUGAUUUUAUUGUCAAGCUGGGUGCGAAACAGAUCUUUAUACAGUAAUAUAAUAUAUAUAAACUAUUAUUUAUUAGUUUCACCUUAUUUAUCAUAUAUUUGUGAGCAUUUUCUUGGUUUACACAUUUUUAACAUAUCCCCCCUCUAAAACACUCCUCCUCAAUCAAAGAUUCAAAGUUAAUCGCGAGUAAGAGAAAAAGAAAAUAGUAACAUAAAAUUGUACCUCCAUUUACAGACAGACACAAACAAAAAAAAUACACUGUAAAAAAUCAGCAGCAGGAAUCCAUUACAUUUAAUCGAGGGAGCGAACUGUUGAAAUCCAAAAAGGCAAACACGUUACUCACACAGUUUUACAAAUCAGAAUUUAAGAGCAAACAGCAACACAAAAAAAAAAGAGAAAAGAGCAGAUUACUUCCAUUUAGAGACUGUUGAUGAAACUAUUAGAUUAUGAAAUGUUUUAACAUCUUCAGCGCCAACACACACAGAAAGAGACAGAGAGAGAAAAGAUAAAAAAAAACAGUUCAAAAUUCCUCAAUAACCGCAAAUUCCUCACACAAUUACUUACACCUGUUCAGUUGAGAGCAAGUUGAUUUCCAAACUUUUAACCCCUUCACACACACCAUCCUACCCUAAAGACACACUCAAACACACACGAAGAAAGCGAAGUGAAGUAACACAAAACAACAUUCUCAGGAAAGUGGAGAAAAGAAGUUUCUUUCCACCCACCACCCCGUGUAAAUUUCAUUUUGAGGCUUCCCCCCCAUCUAAUCAAAACACGCGGAAGUGGAAGACAAGACACACUCACACACACCUUUAUUGCAACAGAAUACUGCCGUUAAAUGUGUAAAUUUUGAGAUUAACAGAAAUACUAAUCAAUUGAAACUAACAAAGAGCGAGAAGGUGAGAUGGUUUGGACUGCGAUUGAAAGUUGAGAGAGAAAUCAAUUUUAGGAAAGCAAGUCAACGAACACAACUUUUAUUUAGCUGGUCUAAAUAUGUCCUAAAAAAAAUCAGUUCAACAAUCUAAGUUUGCACUUUUAAAACCUAACCUCCGUUUCUAAGUUUGUUCAAACCGACCCCGAGAACAAUCAAGUGAAAUGCCAAAUAGUUACUUUCUAAAACAAAAAAUCUCUCUCAACUUUCUAUCGUACUUCAGAGAGGCGUUGAAUAAAAAAGUUUGUAGAAAUCGCGAAAAUGCAUAUAGAGCGAAACAAAACACAAAAUACAAAACCUGGAACCGAUGUAUACAUUCAUGACCUAUAUGCGGAAGGAGAGAGCGAGAGAGGGAAAACUAUUCGUUUGUUACGUAGAGAUCACAGAGUAAAGCAUAUGAAAGUAUUGAUAAGCAUAGCAAGAGAAGAGAGACAGGUAUUGGCGAGAGUAAAUUGUUUCGAUAUAAAAAGAUAUGAGCUGAGAGGAUGUCACGUAAAGAAUUACGGUAUGAUCUGGAGAAGGUUAAUUGUUUGUUUGUGGAAAUUGAAUUAAUAAAUUAUAUAUUAAUUUCAUGCAAAAAGUA